UUAACCUAAUUUAAGGACUAAUAGGGUCGGGAACAAUGAUGCAGCACUGUAGCAGCAAGGUUGCUCAAACACUUUUGGUGGUCUUUAAUGCCAUUUUUCUAUUUUGUGGAACCGCCAUUGUAACCCUGGGCUUUAUUGAUGUCGAACACGAACGUUCGGUGAAGCAAAUACUUGAUGACGUUUCCGGAAUAAACGCAGCACUCGUGACAACAGGUGCCUUUGUCUGUCUAUUGUCGUCCAUGGGAUGUUGCGAUGCUUUAACUAAGAGCAAUUGUAUGAUUAGAACGUAUCUGUUAGCCGUCGUCUUCGUUAUUAUUUUACAGGUGGCUGUGGGUUCAAUUGUAAUCUACAAGGGGGACGAUCUCAAGACCUUUGUUAGACUGAAAGCAAAAGAGACGCUAAAGCAGAGGCGUGAUAACCACAUUAUUGCAGGCGCCUGGGACGAUAUACAAACAACGUUUGGGUGUUGUGGAGCUGACUUGCCGUCGGACUAUCCGCCUAUGCACUUGCCUUAGCUCGUCUCAUGUUGUGAUCUCGAAGGCGAUCAUAUAUGCGAACCCGAAACUGGUAGAUUUCAUAAGCGCGGCUGUUCGGUUGAAACUGAGAAACUUCUAACGGGUCAAUACAUCUAUUGGGGAAUAGGCGCAAUUGUUAUCGCAGCGAUUGAAGUGCUUGGGCUUAUCUACGCGUGCUGUCUUCAAAGCGCCAUUGAAGAGAGUCAAACCCUAACGGCGUAAUUUGAGGGAAGCCAUGAAGCGUCACUUCAGAAAUUCGUUGACUUGGACAGAAUGCUUAAACCUCAGUGGUGAACUCACACAGCUAUUUAGAUGUUUUAUUUUAGGCAUUAAGGUGCAUUAGCCUCAUUUGUCGCGUCGUAACAAAUGUGAGUUAUUUCAUGGCAAGUCGUACG